AUAUAAAUUUUACGAAUUUGUUGAAAGCAUAUUCUCAAAGCCGAGUUUAAGGCCAACUUUACCGUUAUUCCCCCAACGACGCCCCCAAAAUGGCGGAUCACAAGUACAGGCUCUUCAAUGCAGUCGAUCCGAGCAAAGUAAAGGUUCCGUUCAAUCAGAAAUUCGCCAAUUUGACGCUAUCCUCCCACAAAAAACGACAGCAGGUGGACCAGCCAGGAGUGAAGGUCAAUCCUCGGGAGAAAGUCGAAGCUGAAGCAGCUGCCAUGCGCGUAAAUGUGGGUGCUCCGGCCGCCGGCGGAGGCAAUCUGGAUGACACGGCCCAGAAUCUCGAUGGUUCCGAUUACAUGGACGCCCUGCAGCUGAGCUGCAGCCAGGAUGCGGGCGAAAUGGCCGAUGUGGGCGAUGUGGAGCACCUGUCCGCCGGCAUCAGCAGUUUGACAGUGCGGGAGCCACCGCAGCCAAGCAAGCAGGAGAUCUCCAUCUGCAUCUCCUCCACCACGGAGGAGAACGCUUCCGACAACGACGACGACGCCUCCUGCAUCACCAUAUCCGACUCCAGUGAGGACGAGGAUGAGCCCCUGCCCCCCGACAGCAUGGCAGUGAGUGAUAGAACCGCCGACCAGGAGGCCAUCCCACCGCCCAUGCUCUCCACCGACAAGGUGCAGCGCAUCGAGGCCUUCCUGCGGGAUGUGUCCAUGGAGCGGCGCGAGAUGGAGCGGACUGGCCCCCUGACACCAUCGCCCCUCUCGUCCACCAAGCGGCAAUCCCGAUCCCGGCUAGCCGAGGCCGACACGGAGUCCAUGUCGCCCACCGACGAGGACUGGCAGCCACCGGUGGACAGCAGCAGGCGACUGGCGGACAACGAGACGCAGGUGGACACCAUCUGCUCGGCGGACGCGACUCGGCUGGACAGCAGCAAGCGCCUGGCGGACGACGAAACGGAGGCCAAUACCCUGGGAUCAGAGGAUCUGGAUCUGGAGCAUCUGGAGCCCAGGGACAGCAGCAAGCGACUGGCGGACAAUGACACCGAACUCAACACCCUGUGCUCCGACAACUCGACGCUCCACGAGGAGCAGCCCGUGCCGGAGGAGUCCAUAGAAAUACCAGAGACCAGCAGUGAGGGCGAGCCCUCGCCGCAGAAACCCAGUUCCGGCUCCUCGGCGUCGGACGAGGACGACCGUGAAACCGUUCAUGUGAGCAGCAUUAAUAUUUCGGCCAAGAUCAACAUCAAGAUCAGCAUUCCCACCAUGGAGUCGAGUUCGGCGGAGGACGAGUAUCCUUCUCCCAGGGCCACCAAGUCGCUGCCCAGCUCGGAGGAGGUGCAGUGUGAGAAGCAGCAGCCGCAGCAGCAGGAAAAAUCCAUGCUGUCCACGGGUGACGCCUCCGAGGAUGAGCAGUUCCUCACCCAGGCCGAAAAGCUGCUGAACCAGCUGUAUGGCAAGUCCUGGCAGACACCCGACGUGAUCCGCACCCUCAAGCGCUCCAGUGGCAGCGGCGGGAAAACAGCUCCCUUGCGGCCCAGGAAUAUCCCAGCAACUGCGGCCACCACCGCCAAAAAGAAGAAGCCACGAGCUCCGCCGCCCGUCGUCAGGACAGACGAAAGUGUCCUGGGCGAUUUCAGCCUGUUCACCCGCGCCCUGCGCACCAAUCAGACGCCUCUGAACUCCACGCGCCUGCCUCCCCUGCGAGCUGUCCAAACGGAGAGGCGUCCGCGGAGCCAGCGGCCCGUGACACGACCGCGCACCAACCACGUGGACGAGGACCGGUGGCGGAAGCUCAUUGACUCGGACAGCGGCACAGACGCCUCCGACGACGAGGAUGCGGACGCCACGUUCAGCGACAGCGGCUCCGAGAGCGACAGCGACUCGGGGAGAAAGCAGGGCCAGCAGAAGGGCGGCGACAUUACCUACCUGGACUUGACCAAGGACGAGGUAGAGGUCAUCAGCAAUCCCGACGAGGAUUCACAGUCUCCCAAGACGCAUCGUCGCCUGGAUGACAUUCUGCGCUCGUGCCGCGCCAGCGUUAAAGCCAAACUCCCCGCCACGCCUGCGCCCCAGGCCACCACGCGCCGGCAGCUCUUCACACCGAACGUCGGCUUCGAGGACGAGACCGAGGCCAGGGCGAUUGUGGACAAGGCACUGGACCUGGACAUGCUGGACGAGCUGGAGAGCGACUACCUGCCGGGCACGCCCGUCCACAAGCGAGUGCAGGAGGUCAGGCGGAAGCUGGGCAUCGGGCUGCCAGAGCAGACGACGCCCCAGCAAAGCCCCAUCCUCAAGUUGCUCACCCCAAAGACGGCGCCACCCAAGGCGCUUGGUCCGCCCAAAACCACCGCCCCGCCGAAAUCCACUGCCCGGAAGGCCAAGAAGCCGAAGGAACUUCCUCCCAUCGCCAGCGGCGGCAAGUGCGGCUUCCUCAAGUCCCUGGAGGGGCAGGUGAGCCGCGAUCGGGCGGACAACGAGGCCUUCUUCUACCGGGAGAACUUCGCCAAGAACAAGGAUCAGCUGGCCCAGCAUCUGUACAGGAUGUUCAACGCCCAGGUGUUCAACAACGAGCUGGAUGUGCCCAUUACCUGGUCCAAACUGCUGCGCAACACAGCCGGGCGCUGCAUGAACAAGCGCAGACUCAACCAGCGCAGCAGCGUGGUGGAGCUGAGCGUCAAGGUCCUGACCACGGCGGACCGCCUGCGCUGCACCCUGAUCCACGAACUGUGCCACGCCGCCGCCUGGGUCUUCAACGGCGAGGGCGGCCACGGACGCGUGUGGAAGAUGUGGGCCCAGCGGGCCAACGACAAGUUCCCCGACCUGCCGCAGAUAAAGGUCUGCCACAACUACAGCAUCGAGUUCAAGUACACCUACAAGUGCCUAAGCUGCGACAAAUCUUCGCACGCUCACUCCCGAUCGCGCAAGGCGGAGGACCUGCGCUGCAGGAUCUGCCGCGGACCCAUCACCCUGUUCCUCAACAAGAAGGACAAGCAGGGAAACACCGUGUCCACGCCGGCGGGCGAGGCCAAGGGAUUCGCCAAGUUCGUCAAGGACAACUUCCAGAAGCACAAGCGGGAGAACAUGACCGCCGCCCAGGUGAUGCGUGUCCUUAGCGUGGAGUACGCCAAGCAGAAGGGCCAGCCGGCGGGGGAGGCAGCGGCGUCGAUCGCCAGCCGAGUGGAGACGCUGACACUGGACGACUAGCCUCAAUCACUGGGAAAUCUGAUUAUAUAUUUGAUCAUUUAAUCAGUUGUCAAAGUUUCCGUCUAUAGACGAUAUGUGGACAUUCAUGUAUAUUUUGUUUUAUAUUAUUUUGUUAGUUUUUAUUUUUUACUUGACCAAAAAACAAAGUUUCCACAAAAGUUUAAAAUAUGUAAAUAAAAUGUAACGGA